CGGGCUGUCAGCUUUCUCUUUGGGACUUGGGAACGGGGUGAAACUCUGAGUCGACGUCGAACGCUGCACUCAAGAAGAAAAAAAAGAAGAAGAAAAAGAAAAGACUACUUCUAAUCCUAUGGUGUCUAUUUCACAGCCAAUUGAUUGAGAAGGGAUACAUAGAUACAGGAUUUGGAGUCCUGGUGUGUGUAAGUGACUCCCCCAUACGACACAAAGCGCUAUAUGCAUCCUCGUCCACCACCUGGGGGCCUUGCACCCUGACAAGGACGAUGCCCGUCGAGAGGCCCUUCGAGGGGGACUUCCUGUUCGUAAACCACAAUGCCAAGCAGAUGAAGGCCUCGCCCAACCGGCGCAAGGUCUUCUCCCAUGUCCAGAACCAAUAUCGCAACUGGAAGCGGCAAGAAGACAUGCGGGCCUUGCGGGCUUCGAUCAAGGCACCUUUACCUGACGCCCAGCCAUCGGUCAAGCAUGCCAGACACGUACAGAGUCCAGGAACGGGGGACUCGGACGCCGAGAGUUGCCAACGAGUCUCUACAAAGAUCGCGAUCCGCUCGCUGAUCAACGACGAGGACUUGGGACGGCCAGAUCAGGCGGUGUCGACGCACCAGGCGCACAUAACACCCCUUCAACCACAGUCCCUCAUGACGAUCUUGGGCAAAGGAAACUCGGACCCCUUUGGUGCCUAUGCGGUCGAGAUCACCCCGACCGCCAACGACAUGCUGAGUUUCCAUCGCGACUUCGUCAUCCCGGCCCUCUACCACACCACCAAGCACCGAUGGAUGACGAGCGCCAGCGCGUGGCGGGACUGGCGCGACUGCGUCGACGGGCUGGGCGAUGGGGUCGAUGGCCUCGGGGACGAAGGCGCCGGGUGCGGAUUCAUCGCCAGCUGCGCGGCCGAGGCGGCCGUCAUCUCGCUGAACCCGGCCGUCCAGAGGCAGGCCGUUUACUACCGGGCCAAGAGCAUGGCUGUGCUGCGGAAACGCCUCGCCACCGGCAUCUUCCAUCGCGGCCAGCUCUACUGGCACAUCCAUCUCCUGGUGGGCGCCGACACACUGAACCGCGACCUGGCCGGCACGGCCGCGCACCUCAACAUGUUGCGGUGGUACUUCGAGCACGAUGGAACCAAGCUGGACACGGAUCUGCUGCUGUACGUCAUCUACUACGAUAUCCACCGCUCGUCGAUGUUCCUCUGCCACCCCGUAUUCGACAUGGACCAGUGGCUCCCCGAGAAGCUGCAGCCCGUUGUCGACGCCGCCUGGCCCUACCUCCCAGACCUGUCUGAAGUGAAGGACCGGUUUUUGGAUCCGUCGAUCGACGACCCCAGACUACGGACGCUGUUCAUCGAGCGGAGAGAGAGCCUCGCGGUGUGGCUGUUCCAAACCGGCGCCGCCGAGGAGUCCGGCGCCCACACCACCGCGCUGAUGGGCUGGUUGCUCGUCCGCGUGUACCUGCACCAGGGCCAGCUUGUGAACUUGUUCCUCGAGGCAAAGGCACGGUCCAAGGCCAUCCCGCCUCCGCGCCCCGUGAACUCGGUCCUAUGCCAGGGCUACAUCUCGCUGGCGACACUGCUCUACGUGCGCGCCAUCUCGUUCAACGCGACCGUGUGCGGCGUGCGGCUCUUCGACGCCACGGCCACCAUCCUCGCCAACAUGCAGGAGAUGCUCCAGCUCAGCGAGAGACCCUCGUCCGCCAGCUCCGCGGACUACGAACGGUACGAGCACGCCCGCCUCUGGGCGCUGUACGUGGGCGCCGCCGCCGAGUUGUUCAUGGACAUGAAGCCCGAGGACGAGACCGGGUGGUUCACCGCGCAGUUUGCCGCCAAGGCCGUCAAGCUGGGUGUGGCCCGGUGGGAUGAGGUGAGGAGCGUGCUGAGGGGCUUUCUGUACACGGAUACAAUGCAUCCUUAUGGGGAGGAGUGGUUUGCUAGGGUGUUGAGCACCGCGAGGAAGAAAACGGAAGCUGGAUGAAUCCUGGUGGGCAAGGCGCCUGGAGGUGUGCGUGGCCUGUCUUCUCAUGAACUUUCUUUGAAUGGUAUGCAUAGCUCUUACUGGUCUUUGGGAGGUUGUUUGAGCAUCAAGCAAGCGAAUCUGGGAGCAUAAGUCAUCUCCAGCGUCGACAUCCUUAUAUACGCACUUGCUACAGACAUGUAUUUUC